AUAAAGCUAUACAUACUUGCGAACAGACCCACCGCAAUAAACGCAAACAUUAAAUCAAAACAGAAUAGGCUUUGUUGAGUGCAGUCGCACGUUAUCCGUGAUGUUGACACGCCGCCUCCAGCACCUAGCUGUUCGCCACAGCCGGACAACAUUGGCGAUUGCAGUCAAUAACAGUAGCAGCAGCAAUCGUAGAUCUUGCAGCAGUCAGAGCGACAAGAACAACAAUGAUAGCGGAGAUACGAAUAAAACCACUGACCGUCAUCCGCUAAAAGGUGUGCGCAUCCUGGACCUUACACGUAUUGUAGCCGGACCGUACUGCACCAUGGUGCUGGCAGAUUUGGGCGCUGAGGUUAUUAAAGUGGAGCGACCUCAUCAUGGGGACGAGGCACGUCAUUGGGGACCUCCGUUCCUUAAGCACAGCAAAGACUCCACAUACUUCUUGCCGGUGAACCGUAACAAGCAGAGCAUCUGCAUAGAUUUGAAGCGCGGCCAGAAGCUGAUCUAUGAACUGGCCAAGCGGAGCGAUGUGCUCGUGGAAAACUAUGUGCCGGGUACGUUAGAGCGCUAUGGACUGGGCUAUGAGCAUUUUAGGGAGAUGACACCUCAGCUGAUUUACUGCACGCUUAGCGGUUAUGGAUCCGCGGGACCCUAUGCCAAACGCCCGGGAUACGACGUCAUAGCAGCUUCCAUAGGUGGCCUUUUGCAUAUAACGGGCGAGCACGAUGGCCCGCCCAGCAAAGUGGGAGUGGCUGUUACAGAUAUAGCUACAGGAUUGUACGCACAUGGCGCCAUAUUAGCGGCUCUCUAUCAGCGGCAGCGCACGCAGCGUGGUCAGAAGAUCGAGGUCAACCUGCUGUCCACUCAAAUAUCCAUGCUGAUCAAUGUGGCCAGCAACUAUCUUAAUGCCGGUAGUGAGGCACAACGCUGGGGUACAGCACAUUCCAGCAUAGUGCCAUACCAGAGUUUUAAGACCUUGGAUGGGUAUUUAACAAUCGGCGCCGGGAGUGACGCGCAGUUUGUCGAGCUCUGUCGACUGCUGGAGAUCGAGCACAUUUCGGCGGAUCCCAAAUUCAACACCAAUACAAAUCGUGUGCAGCACAGAACCGAGCUGGUGGGGAUUCUAACUGAGAUAUUGGAGUGCCAUACAUCCAAGUAUUGGAUGGGUCUGUUUAAUAAAGCACCCUUUCCCGUGGGCCCAGUAAACAGCAUACGCGAGGUAUUCGAGGACGAUCACGUCAAUGCCAUUGGUCUGGUGAAAUCAUUGCCACAUGCAAAGAGCGGAGAAGUUAAGGUUGUGGGACCACCGGUGGUCUAUAGUGAGGCUCAGAACGAUGCGAGGACAGCUCCACCCAUGCUGGGCGAACAUACUGACCAAGUGCUGGCAAACCUCUUGGAGUAUAGCCCCUCGGAAAUUGCGGAUUUGCGGCGUCAGGGUAUUGUACAGUAAAUCUUCGAUUAAAUGGAAACGUAAGCUCAACAACGAAUGUCAUUAUUUCAAAUUUUUCCAUUAUGUGAAUGAGCUUUUUAGAAGUUAAAUAUUUAGAUCUCAAUCACAGCGUCAUUUGUCAUUUUAAAUCCCUAGUGUACCAUUUUUGUUUUAAAUGGGGAAAUUUUCUCCAGUACAAGAAAGAAGCAACGCACUGGAAAUGCCGUUUUCCAGAGAGCAUGUGCCCUGGAGCGAGCGCUCCCACCGGGAGAAGGUCAUCAUCAUAAUGUUCUAUGGCCUGAUGUUACUACUGAUCGUUAAUAUUGUCGGAUGGAUUGCGUUCAUCUGCGUUUUUCUCAAUAACGAGAAGUAUGUGCGUCGUGUAGUGUCCGACGUUCGAACCCUGGCCAAGGCCAGUGUGCCUUAAGGUGACGCCCCCAUUCCCUCUCCCUCUUGGUAAAUUGUACUUACAUGAAGCUCAGAGCAUUCAGCUGCAGCCGCAAAUAGGCGACUAUCGAUUUUAGCACAUUCGACACUGGCAUACCCACAUGCAGGCAAGGGCAAUGAAAGUAAAUGCGAACAAAACAAAACGAAUAAAGUAAAACAGUAAAACUAGUGGUA